AUGCUGGCGCUGCGGGUUCUGACGGGUCGGUGGGGACGAGGUAGGAACCGGCACCUUUUUGCCUGCUUUGUAGAUUUCAGAAAGGCGUUUGACAUGGUGCCGCGAGAGAAGUUGUGGACGCGUUUGGAGGAGCUGGGAGUCGGGGACCGGAUGCUUCAGUCGGUGCGGAGCAUGUAUUCUAACGUGCGCUGCCGGGUGAGAGGGGCCGGAUGGGUUUCGGAAGAAAGUUUCGAAAGCAGCCGUGGGGUAAAACAGGGGUGCCCGUUGAGUCCCCUUCUGUUCGGUCUAUACAUUGACGGUUUAGAGGAUGUGAUAGGCGGGACAGCAGACAAUCCGGAGCUUAGCGGGGUCGAAGUUCCGUUUUUGGCUUUUGCGGAUGACGUUGUUCUGCUGUCGACGAGUGCGGCGGGGCUGCAGAAAAAGUUGGGGCUUCUGGAAGAGUUCAGUAAAGAGAGUGGGCUCCCGGUAAACCUUCAAAAGACGGAAGUUGUGGUCUUUGGGGGUCAGUUCGCUGUGCAGAAAGUGAGGAACGAGUUUCAGUAUGCGGGAGAGCGGGUUGCAAUUGCGCAGAGCUAUCGCUAUUUGGGGGUGCAAUUUCAUUGCAACGGCAAUUUUCGGGAGGGGGUCCAGGUUCUGGCGGCGGCCGGGCGGAAAGCAGCUUUCGCUCUGGAGCAAAGGUGUGCGGAGUUGGGGGCGCGAAGGAUAAGGACGCGGGUCGGUUUGUUUGACGUGCUCGUAGGGCCGAUUCUGCAGUACGGGGCGGAAGUAUGGGGCCCGGGGUACGGUCCAAGGUGGGGGUGGAACGGGGACGGGGAUUGUGUGGAGAAAGUCCACCGGGCGUUUUUGCGGGGGCUCUUGCGGGUCAAGAAGUCGACUCUGUCCAAGGCGGUUCUAGGCGAGUUCGGCCGGUUCCCUCUGGUUCUGCCUAGAUGGGAGCAGAUCUUUAGAUUUGUUAAUCGAACCGCGAACCUUCCGCAGGAUCGACUAGCUCGGUUGGCCUUAGAGGAAUCCAGGCGCAUGUGGGCGGAUGGAUAG